AUGAGCUAUCAGCCCCCUCAUCUACGCACUCGAGCUGCCCCUCCCCCACCGAUUGCUGCUGGCCCAUCCUCGUCAAGCGUGGAUAGUGGGAGGGGUGGUAGAGGACUGGGAGUGGGCGGGAGGUGGCUGGAAACAAACUCCAAUGGACCUGAAGCUAGCCGAGGACUAGGCGGUAUGACGACCGGUGCUGCUGGUAUGGGGAUGGGCAUCAGAGGCCGCGGGGGUUCGACGACGGCGAGACUUCUUGCUGUGCCCAGUCGAGUGUUACCAGAACGCCCAUCGGCCAUACAAGCCCCGAGAGAUGAAGGUCGCAUCCAGCCCCAGCCGUCUCGUAGAGAUUGGUCUGCGCCCACAUCUUCGGUGUCCCUCCCCGGGCGAUCUCAGCCUGCCUUUCAAUCCGCCCCGUUACCUCCAUAUGCCUCGCCACGUCGUGUACCGGGAGGUCAAGGUCUGCAAGCUCCCGCGUCCGAUAUCAAGCCCAUGCGCGUGAGGGAGAAGGAUAGUAAGGAGAAAGAGGAAGAAAGAGAGAUGGAGAUGGUGCAGAGUGUUUCCAGGAGUGGGGGCGAUGGGGCUCAGGGAGAUGCGUUGAAAGAUUGGGGGACGCAAGAUCGGUAUAGGGCGUAUAUCUCGACGCGGGUGGACGCGCAUUAUGACAAGUAUGCGACCCUGAGGGAUGAAGCUCCGAGCAAGAAGGGGAAGGAACUUGCAGGUGAAGGUGAGGGGGAGGAGAUGGAGAGUCUGGGGAGUAUUGUGUUGUUGUUCCUCUUCGAGUCUUCUGCCAAAUUCGCUCUCCUCGCGCAAAACAAGGCGCAACUCCUCUCCUCCCUCAGUGGCCUCGUCCCCGGGCUAUAUCAAGCCCACGACAACCUCCCCACCUCUUCUUCCCCUGACGAUACACUAUCAAACCAACUAAACGCCCUCAGCUUGACCCCCAGAGACGGCAGAACAGAGUUUACCGUCAUCCUCCUCAUAUUCCACCUCGUCACUCGGGGGCAUGUUGCGUUCAACGAGCUCCAUGCCGAGCUUACCCGUGCUCCUCGCUCGGAGGGAGAUGGAGGGGAGAGGAAGGGGUUUGUGGGGGAGGAAGAGUUGGGGUAUGUUAGGUUGGCAGCGAGGGUGAUGGCGGAAGAGACUUUUGAUUCAGUCACAUUCUUCCGCCUCCUCUCACCUCUCGCAUCAACAACUUCGACCCCUCCCAUCCCCUCCUCUGUGGCCCCGGAGGGGGGCAGGCUGCCCGAGAGUACGAGCUACCAACGUAUCCUCCUCUCCCGCGCUUCUCCGGCUAUCCGCGAUAGGGCUUGGGAGAGGUUGAAGAAGGCGUAUAUGAGUGUAGGCGUGGACUGGGCUGGGAAAGUUUUAGGGCUGGAGCUGGGUGGGGAGGUUGAAAAGUGGGUUGAGGAGAAGGGAGGGAGGGUUGAAGCUGGGAAGGUUGUGCUGAGAUGA